AUGCUCGUCGAGCUCGUCAAGCAGCAGGACGAUCGACUCGCCUGUUCCGUCGCCACGCUGCUCCGAAACCUGGCCGUCGAUACCAAAAAUCGAGAGCUUAUCGGCAAGUACGCGAUGCGUGAACUGCUCGACAAGCUGCCGGAGCCUGGGUCAAGAAGGGAGGCCAACAAGGGUCCCUCAGAUCAGACGAUCAGCGCCAUCCUCGGCAUCCUUUUCGAGGUGGUUCGGGAGAGCGCACAGUUCACCAAAGACCUCCAUCAAGCCCACGGCACCGAAAAGCUGCAGCACCUGGCCAAAUCGUUCCCAAUAGGCGACUCGGCCACCCUCGCCCGCCCAAUCCACUCCCAGGGCCGCGAACGACCAAAGGGCCAAAAUCGAACCCUCGACGACACGAUGAGCAGCGGCUACGGAGCCGUAGAACAACAGUUCUACGACCUCACUAGGACGGCACGCUCCAAUCAACCAUCACUGUCGCGCACGCCCUCUGGCCCGACGAACCAUUAUACGAACGGGUGGGUCGUU